UGCGGCUCGGUCUGUGGCUGGGGAGCACGGGAGCGAGCACCACAGAAGCCUAGAGGGGCGGGGCGAGCGGGCGAGUCGUGCCCCCCCUGGCGCUCCGGGUGGCGCGGGCAGGCAGCAGUCCGGCAACGCAGCGCAGAGCGGGCGAGCCCGAGCCGAGCGCAGCCGAGCGGGGCCGGGCGCAUCCCCGGACCCCCGCUGACCGGCCCCAACCCCACUUUCCCCUCUUGCCCCAAGACCGAAUCUCUCAGCGGAACCCACACAGCCGUGAGCAUGGCGUCCUCGGCGAGGUCCACUCCUCCGACCUCCAGGAGAAUGGACGGCGUCAACCUCCCGACCCACAAGUGCGACGUGGUCGUCAUAGGGGGAGGCAUCUCAGGUCUUUCUGCUGCCAAAUUGUUGGCCGAAUAUGAAAUUGAUGUUGUGGUUUUAGAAGCACGGAACCGAGUCGGAGAGACUUACACUGUGAGGAAUGACUUCGUUGAUUAUGUUGAUAUUGGUGGAGCUUAUAUAGGACCUACUCAAAAUAGAAUCCUACGAUUAUCUAAGGAGCUGGGUAUAGAGACUUAUAAAGUGAAUGUGAAGGAAUGCCUAAUUCAUCAUGUAAAGGGAAAAUCUACAGCCUUCCGGGGAGCUUUUCCUCCAGUGUGGAAUCCCAUAGCAUAUCUGGAUUACAACAAUCUGUGGAGGACAAUAGAUCACAUGGGGAAGGAGAUUCCUUCUGAGGCUCCCUGGCAGGCACCUCAUGCUGAAGAAUGGGACAGGAUGACCAUGAAGGAGCUCAUUGAAAAAAUCUGCUGGACAAAAACUGCCAGGCAAUUUGCUUUUCUUUUUGUGAAUAUCAACGUUACGUCUGAACCUCAUGAAAUCUCUGCCCUCUGGUUCCUGUGGUAUGUGAAGCAGUGUGGAGGCACAACUAGAAUAUUUUCUAUCAGCAAUGGGGGCCAGGAAAGGAAGUUUAUUGGAGGUUCUGGUCAAGUUAGUGAAAAGAUCAUGGAACUUCUUGGAGAACGAGUAAAGCUGGAGAAGGCUGUAUCCUAUAUUGAUCAGUCGGGUCAAAAUGUUGUUGUGGAAACGACAAACCAUGACAUAUACGAGUGCAGAUAUGUAAUUAUUGCCAUCCCUCCAAUCUUGACUUGCAAGAUCCACUUCCGACCAGAACUUCCAUCAGAGAGAAUCCAGUUAAUCCAGCGUCUUCCAAUGGGGGCCAUCAUUAAAACUGUGAUGUAUUACAAGGAAGCCUUUUGGAAGAAGAAGAAUUACUGUGGCUGUGUACUCAUUGAAGAUGAUGAUUCUCCAAUUUCAAUCACUUUAGAUGACUGUAAGCCAGAUGGAUCUUUACCUGCCAUAAUGGGGUUUAUCCUUGCCAGGAAGACUCAUCAACUUGCCGCCGUUAGUAAAGAGCUAAGAAAGAGGAAAAUCUGUGAAAUUUACGCAAAAGCGUUGCGCUCACAAGAAGCUUUGCAACCAGUGCAUUAUGAGGAGAAGAACUGGUGUGAAGAUCAGUACUCUGGAGGCUGCUACACGGCCUACUUCCCACCAGGGACCAUGACUCAGUAUGGAAGGGUUAUCCGCCAGCCAGUUGACAAGAUUUAUUUUGCUGGGACAGAGACAGCAACCUAUUGGAGUGGGUACAUGGAAGGAGCAGUGGAAGCUGGAGAAAGAGCAGCUAGAGAGGUGUUGAAUGCCUUGGGGAAGGUGGCAAAAAAAGAAAUUUGGGUACCAGAACCAGAGUCAAAGGAAGUUCCGGCCCUGGCAAUCACCACCACCUUCUGGGAGAGGAACUUACCAUCGGUUUCAGGCCUGCUGAUGGCUCUCGGAGUGUCCUCUUCCAUAAUUGCCCUCUGUAUGAUUAUUUACAAAUGCAAGAGCUUGGCACGAUAGAUUCUGAAAUUUCAUUUUCAUGCUUUCUGCUUCUUCCUUCCCCAGUAUCAUCAAAAGGAAAAACCUGGAAAAAUUAAAUGUGGUAACAUUGGACCCUAUUUUUGUGCACUGGAUUUUACAAGCCAAUUUUUUGCCCUGCCAGUGUUAAAGUCAUCCCCCCAAAAAAUCGCACUCAAUCAAUUUCAGUAGGAGCAGGGUCUGUCCCAUCACUUGUAUGUACCGAUUAACUUGUAUUCAUUGAUAGAAUAAAACCAUAGUGGCAGAUUUUGAAUUUCAGGAAGUUAAAAGGCUCAAGGGAAAGCUUUGAAAGAUCCGAUGCUCAUAAGAAACAAUCACUUACUUCUGUCUCCUGAUUUUCUUCUUUAAAAAACAAGAUUACCUUAUGAUUUCAUUAAUAAAUUUCUUUUUAACUUUCUCUCUGCAGUAGCUCCAUAAGUUAAGGAUCAUCACAGCAGGGAGGCUGGCCUGAGGGCCAGGUAGCAGUGCAGACUAAACCACUCUUUCCUUCUUUGGGAAUGGGGGUGUUUCUAGUUCACAGUGCAUCCUGCAGUGAGCAGGCCUCCUUUCUUAAUCAUUUAAAAAAAUUUUUUUCUUAAUCAUUUUAAUGUGGUGUACUAGAAAUAAAAACGUUGAAUUAAAGUUUGUGUACAUCUCAUAUA